AUGAGCUCCCCGACCAGUCAUACAACUGGUUCGAAGGCCCCACAUUCUCCAAAAGAAUGGGAAACAAUCCCCGCAUAUGCGAGCAACAGAGAUGAGACCAAGACCGAUGAUCGAGGGUCAUCUGUGUGGAGCUUGGAGGGCUCUGACCAUGUCUUUCCCAUUCGGUCAGUGGUUUCUGUCAAACCGACUGCCACCCGAGCCAAUUCAACGCCAGAACCCAGCCAGCCACCUUUGCCAAUGCCAGCACAACCAACUUAUAUCAACCUCGGAGUUUCAGAGACUACCCUAGCUACCACCGCAAACCCCACCAAGAUUGAAACUAGCCCCGACUCAUCCGCAACCGAUUCAAUCCCCCGCCCCGAGCCCCAUCCCUUUAUCACCUCGCGGCAUGGGCAUGUGCUAACGGAGAGUGGUCACAGUGUGACCAUCGGUGGUAGGCAGAUACUGCAGCGCUGUGAGGAUGAACCAAUUCGUAUCCCAGGCGCGAUCCAAAGCUUUGGGGUGAUCAUUGCUUUGCGGGAGGAGUCGCCUGACCAGCUUGUGGUGCGUGUGGUCAGUGAGAACUCGGAGCAGAUCUUCGGGUAUUCCGCUCAGCAGCUCUUCGCGCUGCACAGUUUCUUCGACAUCAUGAGUGAAAGUCAAACAACCACAUUCACGGAGCAUCUGGAUUAUGUUCGGGAUGAUGGGCAUGAUCUGGAUGCCGAUGGGCCUGAAGUCUUCCUACUGCCGAUUUUGUUGUCAUCCGGUGAAACCCGUCGAUUCUGGUGUGCGGCCCAUGUCAGCCAAGAGAAUAAAGACAUCAUAAUUUGCGAGUUCGAGCUUGAAGACGAUAGGUUGAAUCCCUUGAAUGUCGAAGACGAUCUGACCGGAACACCUUUGGCCACCACCCCCUCUAGUGAAGUCCCAACGAACAUCCUAGGCAUCAAGCCCACCCCAGCCCAGCUCACCGCAAGUACAGUCAGCUCUAGCCAGUCUUUCCGAGCUCUUCGUUAUGCCCGGCGCAGAAAAGGCGAAGCUGCGGCCAUGCAGAUUUUCAAUACCAUAUCUCCGAUCCAAGAACAGCUCAGCCUGGCGAAUGAUUCAGAAACAUUACUUGAAAUCACAGCAGGAUUAGUAAAGGAGUUGGUAGGCUUCCAUCGUGUACUAAUCUAUCAAUUCGAUAGCAAUUGGAAUGGAAAAGUCAUGGCCGAGUUAGUGGAUCCCCAGGUAACAGUAGAUCUCUACAAAGGCCUUCAUUUCCCGGCCUCUGAUAUACCGGCACAAGCUCGAGAGCUCUACAAGGUGAAUAGAGUCCGGCUCCUCUAUGACCGGGACCAUCCAACCUCGCGGCUGGUGUGUCGGACCUUGGAAGAUCUCGAAACUCCUCUGGACAUGACGCACGCUUACUUGCGUGCCAUGUCGCCAAUUCACACCCAGUAUCUGGCCAACAUGGGAGUGCGCUCAUCGAUGUCGGUCAGUAUUAAUGCUUUCGGUAAUCUUUGGGGUCUGAUUUCAUGCCAUUCAUAUGGCUGUACUGGCAUGCGUGUCUCUUUUCCGAUCCGAAAAUUGUGCCGCCUUGUGGGCGACACUGUGGCACGAAACAUCGAACGAAUUGAACGCGGAGUCAGUCUACAGGCCCAAAAUUUUGUGAAUGCCGUCCCCAAGGAGACGAACCCCGCCAGCUGUAUCGUCGCAUCCUCGGAUGAUUUGAUGCGGUUCUUAGGAGCUGAUUCCGGGGCUUUGUUGAUCAGGAAGGAAGUGAAGCUCUUCGGUGUCAGUUUUCACAUUGAGUGCACAUCCUCACAAGAAAUACUUGCUCUGCUUGAAUAUCUCCGUGCACGUCGAGUGACAUCUAUGCUCGUCUCACACGACAUCACCAAGGACUUCCCCGACUUUCAAUUUACCCUCGGAGUGAGAAACAUCUCAGGCUUGCUUUGCGUGCCACUUUCUACAACUGAAAAUCAAUUUCUGGUUUUCUUCCGUCGUGGCGAACUCACCACUGUCACUUGGGCGGGAAAUCCAUAUGAGAUCGCAAAGCGCAAACAGGUCGCCACCGGCAAUCAUUUAACACCCCGCCAGAGCUUCAACAGAUGGAGCGAAACUGUGCUUGCCCAGUCUCGCCAUUGGUCUGGAAAUGACAUCGCGACAGCGAAGAUGCUUGGAAUGGUGUAUGGAAGAUUCAUCGAUGUUUGGCGUCAGAAGGAGGUGAUGAAACGCAACACUCGACUCACGCGUCUGCUCGUGGCCAACUCAGCCCACGAGGUUCGCACCCCACUGAACGCGAUCAUCAACUAUCUCGAGCUUGCCCUGGAGAGCACCCUUGAUGACGAAAUCCGUGAGGGUCUGCUCAAAUCCCACUCUGCCUCCAAGUCCCUCAUUUACAUCAUCAAUGAUUUGCUUGACCUUACUACCGCCGCAGACCGCGAAACCAGCCAGCAGCUUGUCAACAAAGAUUCAUUUGACCUUCUCGCGACAUUCCAGGACGCAGCAGACAUGCUAGCUGGGGAAGCCGAGCGCAAAGGAAUCUCUUUCUCCUGUUCCAUGCAUCCCGGACUCCCAGACUUUGUGAUGGGUGACCAGCGUCGGGUGCGGCAGGUGUUCCUCAACAUAAUCUCAAAUGCCAUUCAAAACACAGAAUUCGGCUUUAUCAAAGUCGGACUAUGCCCAUCCAGUACGCAAAACACAAUGCCAGGCCAUGUGGCUGUCGAAAUGACAGUCACCGACACGGGUUCGGGCAUUUCGAAACCAGACCGCGAAAGAUUGGUUCAGGAGCUUGAGCAGGUCUCCGCCGAUGAUCAAUGCUCUGGUGAUGAAGCUGAUGGUGAGACAACGGCGAAAAUCAAGCAGAAGAAAAGCGUGCUGGGCCUCGGUCUAGCUUUGACUGCUCGGAUUGCCCACAAUAUGCAUGGGCAGCUCAUCUUCAAAUCCGAAGAAUCCAAGGGAAGUCAAUUCAAAGUAAAACUUCAAUUCAGAUGCCCGGAACAUCCUGCAGUCUUAGCCUCUCCGAGGGACCUUUUACUUCAAAGUACCAACCUCCCAGAGCCUUCAAUCGGAUCGGAGGCACAGGGCCACCCUCUGCUAGAUGCCCCUGACGAGCAUGAUGUCGAAGGCAAACAAGAAAGCCCCCAGGUGACUUGCAGUGGCACUCAACCAAGUGGAGUACACCUAUCUGAUCACCCGCUUGGUGGUCACUCAGAAGACUCGUCACUAGACGCAGAAAUUGCCAUUGACGACGGGAAUAUUCAGCAUUCAACGCAACCGCUUAGCCCGAGAUCUACCAAGGAAGAACCAAAGUCUAUGGGAAGGCAUUCGUCCGUUUCCGAGCUAUCAUCAACCUCGCCUGAUACCGGAAAGAGAAUCCCCAGAGAUAUACGGUCAUCAACACCUUCAUCUUCUGGAUUAGCUGCCUCCGAACAACGAACAAGCUCUCCUCAGUCAUGUGAAUCUAAUGUCCAGAUAUCUUCUCGAUCACGCAGUGUGCAGAGCGGUUCAUCUAACCCACGAAUAUUUUCGACGGUACCGGGCACUUCUGAUCAUUUGUCCAGUAUUGCCACGCCACACACGGAGCGUUCCCGAAGCUCUCUCGGUGGCGGGUUACGGGUUCUCGUCGCAGAGGAUGACCCAAUCAAUAGCAAACUCAUCAAAAAACGCCUUGAAAAGAUCGGCCACACAGUACUUCUAACAAAUAAUGGCGAAGCCUGCGUCAACGCAUUCUCCUCGGAACGAAAUGCGUACGAUGUAAUCCUGAUGGACAUUCAAGUUUGUCCACCCAAAAAAGCCAACACUUAUUUACCCGCUGCUCACCAAUCAUCAUUCCAGAUGCCAGUUGUUGAUGGCAUAACUGCAACCAAACUUAUUCGUGAACUGGAAGUCAAGUCCACUGAUGCUGAAUCCGAAAUAUUCACUCAGACCAGGCACGUCCCCAUAUUGGCAGUCUCGGCAUCCAUUGUGGAGACAAGCAAGGAUGUUUAUAUCGAUCAUGGGUUCGAUGGCUGGAUCAUGAAGCCGGUCAAUUUCGCUCGGCUUAAUGAACUUCUUGGCGAUGUGAAGAAUUCGCAAAUUGGAAAAGACAACAAGCCAUGGGAAUGGGAGAAUGGCGGGUGGUUCGAUGGGAGAUAA